UUAUCUAAUCCGUCAGCUUCUUUGGUUAUUGGUUUUGGCUCAACAAAUUUUAAAAAUCAGACAUUAAUUGAAUUUAACAAUAAAAUGAUUAAAAUACACCCUAGAAAUAAAAACACAAAUAAUGGGAUUUUUGGAAAUUUACUCUAUGCUGAUCUUGCUUUAAUUGAAUUACCAGAAUCAUCAAAAUUAAAUUUAUUUUCUUCGCAAAAUGCCCGUUCAAUUAAAUUAACAAAUAGACUUCCAUUAAUUAAAACAAAAACUUUAAUUGCUGGUUGGGGAUGGAUCAAACCUUUUUGUGAGGUUAAUGCUAGUAUCGAAGGGAAAACAGAUAAAUUACAAUCUGGAUGGGUCGAAUUAAUGGAAAAUAAUUUAUAUUGUGUUAAGGAAAUGGAAGGUAUGUAG